AUGGAAUAUUUAACAAACCCAGAUAUAAACAAUAAUUUCUUUAUCAAUAAUACAAAUAAUCAUAAUCUUAAUGGAAAUAAUACUGUGUGCCUUUCACCGACAUCAUUAAAUUUCACUAAUACUUCAUAUUAUUCACCACAUUUGAUUAAUUUCCCUCCGGAACAAAUCAAUUCCGAAUUCGAUCAUCAUCAUCAUCAACAACAACAACAUCAUCAUGAGAAUGUUAAAACAAAACUGAACGAUAAAUUGUUAAUGAACACAAAACAUCCAACUCAUGAUGAAGUUAAUAAUGGUGAUAAUAUGAAUUCCGUUAAUAUACAUGAGGAUAACUUUGAUAGUUUAAACAUUGUUAAUUCCAGUAUCAGUAAUACAACUGCGAAGAAAACAAGAAACUCUGUUAAAACUCCUAAACAAUCCAAUAUCCAAAACAAAAUGAAAAAUUCAACCAAUCAAUUAAUCAAUAAAGAAAUCAUUAAUGAUAAUAAUAUUGAUUUAAUAAAUACUAUAGAAACAAAAGAUCAUUUAUUAUAUAAUAAUACUACAUUAACAUUAAUGAAACAACCUAAAAAACGUGGACCUAAAAAGAAACCAUUAACAAAAGAACGUGAAACACGUUUAAAAAAUCGUCGUAUAAGAGCUAAUGCACGUGAACGUAGUCGUAUGCAUGGAUUAAAUCAUGCAUUAGAAUUAUUACGACGGCAUGUACCAACCUUUUCAACAACACAACGUUUAAGUAAAAUAGAAACAUUACGUUUAGCUAAAAAUUAUAUUAAAACAUUAUCAGACUUAUUAUUAAUAAAUAAAACUCCAACACCAUUAGAGAUGGCAUUAAAUUUAACUGAAGGUCUUUCACAGAAUACAACUAAUUUAAUAGCAAAUACAUUACAAAUUAAUCCUAGAAUAUUAAUACAAUUACAACGUCAACAAUCUUCUUCAUUCCUUCAUCAUCAUGAACAACAAUCAGUCAAUGAGUUAAGUAAUCAUAAUAAAUUAGAUCAUAAUCAAACUCAUUCCCUAUCAUUAUCCUUAUCUUCAUCAUCAUCAUCGUCGUCAUCAUCGUCAUCGUCAUCAUCAACAUUAUCGGAUGAGUUAAAGUGUACAGUAGUUACAUCAAAUGAACAAAUGAAAUUAUUAAGUCCUACUAUUAACACUACUAUUACUACUACUAUUAUUAAUCAUAAUAGUAGUAAUAAUUGUUAUGAAAAAAUAUUGAAUAAUCAAAAUUCUGUUAUACCACAUUCAUGGAAUAUUGAUUUCAAUCCUGUAUUAAUGAAUUUUCAUAAUAAUAAUAAUAAUAAUAAUAAUAAUAAUAAUCCAACUAUCUUCUAUCCCAAUUCUAUUACAGAUUGGAAUCAAUCGAAUUUGUUAAUUCCAUCAGUCAUUUCAUAUAAUAAUUCUGAUAAUGUAAAUGAUAAAACUAAUAGUCAAUCUAUGCAUAAUACUAAUGCUAAUAUCAAUGAAAAUAUUCAUAAUUACGAACAUUCAUUCUUACAAAUGAUGAAUAAAUCACAAUUUUAA